AUGGCGAAGCCCGCGGCAACAACGAGGACACUGCCACCAAGGGUGCCGCCGAGUGCUCCGAGGGCCAAAUUUACGUCGGCGGCCUCCAACGUAAGCAGCAGCCUGGCGGCUGCCAACGGCAAGACGAAUUCCGUGCCAGCGUCGGACCCCCCGCGAUACGAACUCAGCAAGGUGGUGCACCGGGUCAAGCUGCCUGCCGCCGCCGACUCCAGAGAGGUCGCGCCGCCCGACGUGGACUGGAUCGAGAGCUUCCACGGCGUCUCGACCAAGCCCGUGACUGAGGAGCAGUUCCAGGUGCUUAUGCAACCGUUGUCGGAACACGACAUCGAGGUCAAGCCCGACGGCAUAAUCUAUCUACCAGAGAUCAAGUACAGGAGGAGGCUGAACGAGGCCUUUGGGCCCAUGGGAUGGGGCCUCAUCCCAAAGUCAGAGCCCGUCGUCGGCGAGAGCAUAGUGACGCGUGAAUAUGCCCUGAUUGUGGAUGGCCGCUUCGUUUCGCAAGCCCAAGGCGAAAACGGCUUCUUCGGCCGUGACCAGCUCCCCUCGGCCAUUGAGGGCUGCAAGUCCAACGCCCUGAUGCGCUGCUGCAAAGACUUGGGCAUUGGCUCGGAGCUGUGGGAUCCCCACUUCAUCCGCUGGUUCAAGAAGACGCGCAUGGAAGAGGCGUGGGUGGAACACGCAACAACCAAGAAGCGGCGCACGCUUUGGUUCCGAAAGGGCGCCGUCGAGGUCACCUACCCCUACAAGCUGACCAAGUGA